GGGUGGCGCUUAAAUUACUGUGACAGCGACUGGCCAUGUGAAUGCAGCUGAAGGAGUUAUCAGCGGGAAACCGAGAUCAACAGAUAAUCGUCACCACUGCCUCUUUUUUUUUUUUUACCCCCAAACACGUCUGACUGGAAUUUUCUUAAAUGGUUCAUUUGCGCUCAAAUUCUUUUUUAGAUUUUCUCUCACGGGCCACCCCGGAUCGCUAAAGUUCAGAGAGCUACAUUUAAAGAAUAGAAUUAUAGUGUAGUUUCCCCAAAUGGACUCUGACUUGUAAGCCUGUGUGAAGAUAGAGUGGAGUCACUGUGGUAGAGUCCGCACGGGACAGGCGGAUGCGUUAGAGGUCUCAGCUUUACGCAUUUACCGGAGGAGGGCUGGACUCAUCGCGUUAAUCCGGAGAGUUGCUCACAGUUUGUCCCUCUGUGCACCGCUGUUGACAGCAAGCCGGUGUAAAACAUGCUGCAAAAUGGAAACGGAAAGCAAAAAGCUCCGCAACCGCCAAAUACUGGUGGGACAGAGUCAGACUCCACGGAUGGCAACCCGAAACUGCAGCAAGAGCAGCCGGCAGUUCUCCCAGCCGCCGACAAGAAGGACGCAGAGUCCACACACUUCCCCAUGCCCACUUACCCUAAACUGGAGAUAAAGCGAAACGCGGUGACGGACGAUUAUAAAGUCUCCAAUCAGGUUCUGGGCUUGGGGAUCAACGGCAAAGUCCUCGAGUGCUUUAACAAGAAAACUGGAGAGAAGUGCGCGCUAAAGAUUCUCUAUGAUAGUCCCAAAGCGAGGCGAGAGGUGGAGCUCCACUGGCGAGUGUCAGGAGGGCCGUACAUCGUUCGCAUCCUGAGCCUCUACGAGAACAUGUAUCACGGGAAGAAGUGCUUGCUCAUCAUCAUGGAGUGUAUGGAGGGAGGAGAGCUGUUCAGCAGAAUCCAGGCCAGAGGAGACCAGGCGUUCACUGAAAAAGAGGCAUCAGAGAUUAUGAGGGACAUCGGCACGGCCAUCGAUUUUCUCCACAACAUUGAUAUCGCGCACAGAGACAUCAAGCCAGAGAACCUGCUGUACACAAGUAAAGAGAGAAAUGCGGUCCUCAAACUGACAGACUUUGGCUUUGCAAAGGAGACCACGCUGCACAAUCCUUUGCAGACUCCUUGUUAUACUCCGUACUAUGUGGCUCCCGAGGUUCUGGGUCCAGAGAAGUACGACAAGUCAUGUGACAUGUGGUCUCUGGGCGUCAUCAUGUACAUCCUAUUGUGCGGCUUCCCUCCGUUUUACUCGAAUACAGGCCAAGCCAUUUCUCCUGGGAUGAAGAGGAGGAUCAGGAUGGGCCAGUAUGAAUUUCCUAAUCCAGAGUGGUCGGAGGUGUCACAGGAAGCAAAAGAUUUGAUCCACCAACUACUGAAGACAGACCCUAACGAGAGAAUGACCAUCACCCAGUUUAUGAACCACCCCUGGAUCAAUCAGUCCAUGAUGGUUCCUUCCACUCCCCUGCACACCACACGGGUCCUGACAGAAGACAGAGAGAUGUGGGAGGACGUGAAGGAAGAGAUGACCAGCGCUUUAGCGACCAUGCGUGUGGACUAUGACCAGGUGAAGAUCAAAGAUCUCGACACCUCCAGCAACCCUCUGCUCAACAAGAGGCGCAAGAAGGCCGCUGCGGGGGGCAAGAGUGGGUCCACGGUAUGCCAGAGUCAGUGAGGCAAGGAUGAGCUUUGGUGGAAGGUUCAAGAGGUGCUUUAGACUUCUGAGAGACUCAACUUCAAGCAAGUGCGCUCUAAAAUAAGAGACAUUAGGAACGCCAGAGUUAAACCUGGAUAUUUCGGGGACGUGGAGACGUGAUAUCACCUGUCUGUUGUCACCGCAGGCCUCUCUGUUUUUAAUUAUUUUGUGUAAUAAUGUCUUUUCUUUUUUGGGGAGGGGGCUGGGCUGUUUGUAAGAGUACCUGUGUGUAGAGAUAUUUGUAGUGGUAUAUGUUGUGUACUUGAAUGCUGGAUUUACCUGUCUAUGGUGUAACUAUGCAGUUGUGUGCAGAUCACACUCAAAGAAACUAACUGUGGACAGACUGUGAAACUAAAAGGCUCAUUAUUGUCUUUUGUCUUAAUAUCGUCCUUCGUUUGCUGCCUUCCUUUUAGGAUUCAAAAUCCUAAAAUGUUAAUAAAAUGUAGCCUCCACAA